UGUCAGUCCGUGUUGAUGUUUAUGGCAUUUAUGUUUGGACUAUGAACUUUUAUUUAAGUCUCUUAUUUUUCCUUUAACUGUUAUUGUUUUUGUUGUGUAUAUUCUAUAAGCAAAGCAUGUCUCAAUCGCAAAGAACAGCUGUGAUCAAUCUCUAUAAAACGCUGUUGUACCUGGGUCGCGAGUGGCCUCAAGGCUACGAUCUGUUUCGAAAACGACUGCACAAAGUGUUUACCAAGAACAGCAAUGAAACGGACCCGGCUAAGAUCGACAUGAUGAUUAAACAUGGACACUACGUCGUAAAGGAAAUAGAGGCCUUGUAUAUGCUAAAAAAAUACCGCACUAUGAAACGGAGAUAUUAUGAUGGUAAAUACUUCUGAGAUGUAGUUAUCAUAGUUUAGGCACCAGAGUAAAAUACUAUAUUUGUAUUAUAAGUAUUGUAUUUGUACAUCCUGUUGAUGAUGUAUAUUUUUGAUAUUACAAUUGAUAGCAGUAGUUUUAGUUUACUCUUUAUUAACGUGAUCGCUACUACGACUAUUUAACAUCACAAUCAACCAGCAUUGGGUUGAGUAGAUCCAAUACCGGAGUGAAGGUGUUAAUAAUGUAUUUAAAGUGUAUAAAUGUAUCUAGUAUUUAGUUAGUACUGUUGUUGUAUUAGUUACAAAAAGGUUGUGUCUAUUUUAACAUGUUACACUGCAGCCCAACUUAUAUUUAUGUAUUUCUUUCUGGUUAGACAUGAAUAAUACAUUACCUUUUGGUUGACAAUGGUUAAAAAUAUAAAACAUAAAAUAAAAAUGCCCAAAUGUAGUUGUAAAAGCUUAAAAAGUAAGUACUAUUUGGCAGUAUGUUUUUAAUAUACUACUUUGAAUUUCCAUUAUUGUCAAUAAAAUUUGAGUAAUAAUAAUGUUUUGUGUUUUUAUUUCACCAGAAAAAAGUAUGGUGGCAAUUGAAAAUAUCAGAAGUUGAAGUCAAAUUAAGACAUUGUAAAACAAAGGUAUCUUGAUUUUCAUAAUUAGACUGUGCUUGAACUCACUGAA